UACGGAUCCGCUUACUCCGCGGAGUUGGCCUCGUUUCUGCGUGUGGUCGGCUGCGCCUGUAGUUUCUCCUCUCCAACGCCAGGUGGAGCAACUGGCCGGAUACCGCCCCAGUGCGGGCAGGCGGCGCUGUGGCGCUGGAGCCGAUCCUCGCCAUUUGCGGUCGCUCUAUCCGUAGCAGAGCGACUCGUUGGCUCGCGCCGCACAUGCGCCGAGCCUUCCUUUCGCUAUUCCCGCCCCCCCGCCCCUGUCUGUCUUCUCUGCACUGGGAGCAGCUCUCCUGCCACAGCCCCUCACCCCCUGAAGAUGUACGCCUGCUCUAAGUUCAUCUCUACCCCCUCCUUGGUCAAGAGUACCUCUCAGCUGCUAAGCCGACCACUGACAGCAGUGGUGCUGAAACGACCAGAGACACUGCCAGAUGAGAGCCUCAGCAGCUUGGCAGUUUCGCAUCCCCUUACCUCACUUGUCCCUAGCCGCAGCUUUCAAACCAGCGCUGUUUCAAGGGACAUCGACACAGCAGCCAAGUUCAUUGGGGCUGGGGCUGCCACAGUUGGGGUGGCUGGCUCUGGGGCUGGGAUUGGGACUGUGUUUGGGAGCCUCAUCAUUGGUUAUGCCAGGAACCCUUCUCUGAAGCAACAGCUCUUCUCCUACGCCAUUCUGGGCUUUGCCCUCUCGGAGGCCAUGGGGCUCUUCUGCCUGAUGGUAGCCUUUCUCAUCCUCUUUGCCAUGUGAAGGAGCCGUCUCCACAUCCCAUCGUUCUUUCUCCCACGUCUUGUCUGCCCUGUAUGUUCUUUUUUCUGUAGCUCCCCAGCGGCCUGGGGAAGGUGGUUGGCUCAGGGUUUGACAGAGGGAAGAUAAAUAAAUACUGUAUUAAUAAGAUG